AUUACUAAUAGUCACGUGAUCGAAUUAAAUGAUCGCUUUGAAAAAACUAAAAGAAAAUUUUAAACAUUCAUAUAUAAAAGUCAAUUUAGUUUAUUAACAAUGUCAUCUAUUCAAGAAUUUUUUCCAGCCUCGGUUAUUCGGGGAUUAAGCGACAAAAUUUAUGAUAAACGUAAAGCAGCGGCUUUAGAAGUCGAACGCAUCGUUAAAGAUCUAGUCAGGAAAAAUGAAAUAAAGCAAAUCACUCAGAUAAUUGAUAUACUAGGACGAGAUUAUGCCAUGUCACAUAAUAUAAACACUCGACUAGGAGGAUUAAUAGCUCUUGCUGCAACAACAACUGCUUUAGGAAAGGAGUCGAAAGAAUUUAUUUCGAAACUAAUAGAGCCAGUUUUAACAUGCUUUCAUGAUUCGGAUAGAAAUGUUCGCUAUUUUGGAUGCGAGGCUUUAUAUAAUAUCAUUAAAAUUGCACGAGAUGGAUUUCUGCCUCAUUUUAAUGAGGUUUUUGAUGGAUUGAGUCGGUUGGCAGCAGAUCCAGAUGGACAUGUUAGAAAUGGCAGUGGACUUUUAAAUGUAUUAGUUAGAGAUGUUCUCACUGCAAGUCCAAAUAUGAAUUUGGUCGAUCUAAUUAAUCAACUAAGAACAAGAAUCUACAAUCGAGGCCAAUAUACUAGAAUGUUUAUAGUUUCAUGGAUUGAUGAACUGGACAACGUACCAGAUAUUGAUAUGAUAGUAUUUUUGCCUCAAUUGCUUGAUGGUCUGUUCCAAAUAUUGGGUGAUAAUCAUCAGGAUGUCAAGCAAGCAUGUAAAAAAUGCCUAAGGAAACUUUUAAGAAAUAUUUCGGAGGGUAAAAGUAAAAAUGUUGAUUAUCACGUUAUGGUCAACAUUAUUUUGUUACAUUGUCAGAGUAGUGAUUCUGGAAUACAAUCUAUGGCUAUCAACUGGCUGGAAGAAUUUGUAAAAUUGGGCGGAAGGGAUGCUAUCCUUCCUGUUAUAGCUAGCACUAUAUCUUCUUUACUUCCGUGUCUUGCCUACGAGGAAAGCAAUAAGAACGAGGUUAGAGAUCGGGCUGAUAAGGUUCAAGCUAGUAUAAUGAAAUUAUUAACCGAUGACGACGAUAAUCCCUUAAGUGCGGAUGAACAAUCAUCAGUAGCAGCUGCAGCUGAUGAGGACAAUAAACCUGACAACGAGAAUGAAGAACAAGUUUCUUAUGAUGGAGGACCUGUCCCCAAUGAAGUUGAAUUAGACAAAUCUCCCGCUAUAAAAGAUGAUUAUCAUUUUAACAUGACAGCAGUUGUUUCUGCUUUAACUCAUCAGAUGGCGCACGAAUCUGUAGCAACUAGGAUUGCUGCUUUGCAUUGGAUCGCCCAUCUUCAGAAACGAGUACCUCAAAGAGUUUUAAGACACUUGGAAAACCUCUUUCCUCUUCUCAUGUCAGCCUUAUCUGACCCAGAUGAAGGAGUAAUAUACUUAACAAUAGAGGUUCUGAGUGACAUUUCUUCAUCAUCAUUUGGACGUCAAGUCCCUCCUAAGUUUGAUAUGGACAUUCCAGAACAAGUGCUAGCAGACUUACAAAACUCUCAUGAACAUAACGCAUACUUUACAUGUUUCAUGAUAAAAAUUAUUCAAUUAUUUAAAAAUGAUGUAACACUUUUGGACAAGAAAGAUGGCAAGGGGAUGAUAAUUAUUAGGCAGAUCUGCAUUUAUCUCGGUGCUGAAAAUAUAUACAAGUGCUUAGCGCUUAUUAUUUUAAAGUUAGAGACACAUAAUAAAGAAAAACAAUUCGCAGCUGACAUUACUGAAAUGUUGGCUUAUAUUCUCUUAACUUCUAGUGAACUACACAAAGUUCGAACUGUUCUCAGAGAAUUAAGGGACGACUAUGCUGCUGAUUUAUUUGUGAUACUCUAUAAAGCAUUUUGUCACAACUCCUUCGCAGUUAUUGCGCUUUGUCUAUUGUCUCAAAUGUAUUCGCACUCAGCCUACUUGAUUAGAGCAGUGAGCGAAAUGAACGUUACUGUCGAUCUAUUGUUACAAUUGGACAGGCUUGUCCAAUUAGUAGAAUCUCCAAUUUUUGCAUUUUUACGAAUGCAAUUGUUAGAAGCUAGACACUAUCCUUAUCUUGUUGAGAGUUUAUACGGAAUUUUAAUGUUACUACCACAAAGUGUUGCAUUUCAAACACUUCAAACAAGAUUACAGUGCAUUCCACCUCAAUCGCUCUUCAUGGAUGGUACAAGGAAAAAGCCAGGCAACGAGGAUAGAGAAAAAGCGUUGAAAUCUAUUAAUUUUUCAGAAUUAUUAAAUAUCUUCCGCACGAUUCAAAAAUUAGAUUAGUGUAAUACUAUUCACAUUUUUCUUCAUGUAAAAAUGAUCUUGGUGCUAUACUCAACAAGAAAAAGAAACUUCAAAUUCAAUUAUCUUUAUAUCACAUUCCCUAUCACAUCGUUCUUUGACAGUAAAUCGAUUUUCAAGUUAAUUUUUUUAUUCUAUAAUAUAUCGAUAAGAAAGUUUAUAAGAUAACUUAUAUUUAAUACGAUAAUGAACGAAAACUGUUUGCUAAUUUAUCUAAA